CCGCCCCGGGGCGGGAGCAGCAGCGGCGCGGUCCGUCCCGUCCCGCCGCGGCGGCGGAGGGUCGCGCAGUGCGGUGCCGAUGGUGCUCAUGACGGAGCAGCGCUGCGAUGCGGAGGAGUGGAAGGCUGGGCGGCCGGCCGGCCGGCGGGAGCACAGGAGCGCCCUGCAUCUUUCUGAUGUAGAAAAUGGAACAAGUGAAAGAAGAAAGCCAGGAAAAUCACCUGCUGUUUUGCUGCAGACUCCUACCAGUGAAGUGGAACAUUUUGAUGAUGGGAAGAAAGUUGAUUUUGCUAGGACAAAGAGCAGUACAGAAAGUCCACUCCUGACAAUGGAAAGCAAGAAUGAUUCCAAAAUUGAAAGGAAAAAACAUAUCUCAAAUCAGCUGAAGGCAAAUGCACACUUUCAUAAGCUGUUUCUGGAUGUUUCCAUUGAUGAGCCACUAAAACAAAGUUUUACCUGUGCUCUCCAGAAAGAAAUUCUUUAUCAAGGAAAGCUGUUCCUUUCUGAAAAUUGGAUUUGUUUCCAUUCCAAGGUUUUUGGUAAAGACACUAAGAUCAGCAUACCCGUGCUCUCAGUGACACUUCUGAAGAAAACCAAGACUGCCCUUCUUGUGCCAAAUGCUCUGAUCAUAGCAACAGUCACAGACAGAUAUAUGUUUGUCUCCUUACUCUCCAGAGAUACAACCUACAAGCUAUUAAAAUCCAUAUGUAGACAUCUUGAGGAUACGAGUAUGGGCAACAGUCCCAAUCCAUCUUCUGUUGAAAAUAGCUUCAGGGCUGAUCGUCCUACAACUCUAUCCCUGGAUUUCAAUGAAGACUAUUCUGAUCUGGAUGGAAUAGUACAGGAGCAGAGACAAGAGAUGGAGGAGUCCAGCAGCACAGGCUCACAGACCCCGGAGCUAGAACGCUUCCAAGAUUAUCGCGUUGUCGAGACACAGACGCACCUGAAAGUUUCAAAGACUGAAACAAAGUCUGUCCGUUCCGAUGCACGCAGUAAAUGGGUACCUGAAGGAAAAGCCAGAAAUUGCCUUCGAAAUGCAGGUCAUUCUGAACCUUUCAGAUUCUUCCACAAAGUUAAGUUCCAGAAGCUCUUAUCUCUGAACCAUAUACUUAUAUUUUAUGCAGUUCUUGUCUGUAUUUUAAUAUUUUCUACCUUCUACAUGAGAUAUAAAAUCAAUGUCCUGGAAGAACGUCUUAUCUCCAUUGCAUCUUUUGAUUCACAUGUUAAGGAACAUCCAGUGCGCCAACGCUUGGAAUCUCACCUGCAAAUUAAUGCCGAUGCCAUCUGUGAUGAGUUAACUGCUAAUCUGAUGAGAUUGGAAAAGAUACAGAAUAACUUACAAAAACUGCUUGAAGAUGGUGAAUGAAAUGUUUAUGUUCUUGGACUGCUUCAGACUUCAUUCAUCUCGCUUGACAAACAGAUCCAAAGGAGCUCUGCUGGACGGAGUUCAAGCUUCUUUAUUUUCAGUCCAAGCCAAGGUUAAACUGCUGAUGCUCAUGUCACUACACAGGAAGUCAUGUUAUUGUUUAACAACUAUGUUUGUCUGCAUGUUUUGAAAAUAAGGGUUUUAUUUUUCCUUCAUUAUUGUGUGUGAAGUAAUUAAUGGAUUUUACAGUUUUGAUUUUAGCUUUCCUUGCACCAGUGCAAACCUGAAGCAACUCCUUUUAUCUCAGCCUUCCUUUUCUGCCUCUUUUCAUGUAUUUGUAAGUAAGCAUUUCAGACAGAAUUCAUAUGCUGACAUGUUGCGUGAAUGAGCUGGUGUGUGUCUCACAGCCGUGGCUAAGGGCUGUGCUUUUCACUUUCUGUCUUAUCAUCCAAAGAUUAAAACCAAACACCACUGGAUUUGAUUCUGUGGUGUGCUGAAUGUUUGAUGUGUGCUCAAGCUCUCAGGUGCUGUAAAAAAUCUCAAUUCCAUAUUCUGUGGCACUGGAUCACUGCUGAGCAUAAAGUCCAUUUCUACUGGGGAUUCAUUUUACAUCAAAGUCGAGCUUGAAAUACGUGUGAACUUGCCAACUCACCAUUCAGUUGCUUAUGAAUAGCAUUAUGGAUAUGACAUGUCUGGAAAACCAACUGUUUUUUUUCUGUCUGCUCUAUCUCUGUCCGUUAAGUUAAUUCCUCAGUGUGAAGAUCUCAGCUAGCUUUCGUUGCAGCUGCAUAGAGCCUUGGUUGGCUAAGCAAGUACAUUUCAUAUUCCAGUUUAUAUAAGUCUAGACCUGAUAUGGAACAGAUAUUUCCAAAUAAUAGAAACUGGCAAAUCACCAAAAUUAUUUUUAUUGCCACAUUCUUAACUGAAAGAAAAGGUAGACAUCUGCUUUGUUAUAUCACAAUAUUUUUUCGCCUUACCCAACAGGAUAACUGUUUUGGAUUUAUUUUUGUUUGUUUGUUUCUGAUUCACAGAGCAGACUGGUUCAUCUGAAAAAGCAAUAUUUAGGAUAAUGACAACCUCUGUAUGCAAUAUGACUGUUUAUAUAUGCUCUGCAUUUUAUAACCAUUUCUGUGAAAUGCACCUUACUUUGUUUAAAUAAACUUUUUUGAAACAAGCAA